AUUAUGUUUUUUGAAAGCUGGUCGUACCACCUGACGAUUAAAAAUAUGCAUCCCCUACAUCAUAACCACUUAGGAGGGUGCAUUUUACGAGUGGUUUUGAUUAAAUGAAUGCGUUAUUAAGUCCUUCUUAAUUUCUUCAUAAAAUACAUAAAUGCACACAAAUCCUUUGUUAAGUUAGUAAAGGACAGAGAAUUUAUUAUACAGAAUUACUUGCACAUAAAUAAAAACGUUAUUUAUAAAUUUCAGGUUUAGACCUAUGAAUAAUAUGCGCAGUAAUCAAACAACGCUACUCGAAGGUAAUGGUACAUAUUAACAAAGGUAGCCUAGCUCUAAUGAAAUCCAUGCCCUAGAACUACCCGGGUGGGUUUGUUGUCGAUUCCCGUCGCCAAGGUGUGAGCGUAUUGAUGCGGGUAGCACAGUAGAAGUGUGACGAAUAAGGUUCUCAUUUGCCAGCCAUAAAAAAACCUUUGUUUUUAUUUGUAUAACUUGGAAUGACGUAUUAUUAAAAUUUAAAAAUGUCAAGUUUACCAACUGAUUUGGAAAACUCGUUAGGGUAUCAAUACGAAGAUCCGAAAGCUUUCAAACCAUAUUAUCUUCUUCUCGUUGGUUUAGACUUUGUGUUUAAUUGGAUCAUCGACUGGGCUCAUACGGAUCCUUUGGCUGUCCUCGUUAUUUUCGUGUUCCAAUGUCUCGGUCUCAUUGUGAAUCUGAUCGUUUAUGUGAUGGCAUCAGGAAGUCAGGCCAUGCAGACUGGUUUAAGGAAAAGCUUAAUUUACCAUCAUCAAGUCCACCUAAUCACCUCCCUCCUCUACAUCUCCAUCACCUGCUCCUGGUACAUUUGGGCCCUUCGGAAGUCCUGGCCAAGUGUGAGUGAUCAAUUCAGCUUCUCAUUUGGUCCGGAAAUUGUUCCCACGAUUGCCACACCCAAUCCUGCAACUUUUACGACCACAACACUUUCUACCACCACCACCCUCCUGCCCCCACUCAUCUUCACGAACAACAUGACCAACGGAACUGAGGCCAUGGUCACGUCAAACCUGCCCAAAUCGGUUCGAACCUUCACUUACAUCAGCAAUCUCUUUUCGUCCCGGAAUUCAAGAAAAGUUGGGAAUAACGACGUACCAUCGGAUGGAGGAUCGAGUCGAGAGUUUUACACUUUAUGGAGUACAGGAUUUGUUGCUUUAUAUACGAUCCAAAGGACAGUGGCCAUACUCUACUAUUUUAUGAGUUUGAAGGCAGCAUUUCUCGUUCUAAAUGCGUCCACGAUUGACAGCUUUGAGGAUAAAAAUGGUGGUAAGAUGAGAAUAACGAAGUCUCCAGGGACGAGUAUUCAAGUCAGUUUCGGACUUGAUGGCAGAGGAAGAAGAAUUUCUGCUGAUAAAACGCAAAGCGAACUUGAGCAAUCGGAGUUGGAUCUUGAGAAGAGGAUAAAACGACUCAGGAAUUUCGUGAAUAAUAACCCACCAGACUCGAAUAUUUCUGCUAAACAAGGAGCAUCACAGCUAAAGUUGAGCUCCACAAUUUCCGACAUUGUAGAAACAAACAAGAAGAAGAGGAAUGGUUGAAUUUGUAACAAACGUAAAAAAGUACAAGUCUCAGUCCUGAUAAUGAGUUUCAUUUAUUUAAAAUUUAAGGGUUGUAAUCAUUGACGGGUUGACUGCAUUUUUUCGAUUUAUGUGGCUUUGUCACUUUCAAUAAUUAGUCUUGUUUUCGGGUUGAAAGGCUGUCUAUUUUAUUCAUUGUGUUGACUUCAAGCUGAACGAGUUUGUAUGCUUAUGUCUCAUUUGAUAAGAAAAUAAAAGUGUAAAAUGCAUAACUCGUUUAAUAAAUUAGCAUGAGGUGCAUUUCAUGCUAAACUGUA